CCACUUCCAAGUGUUUAAUUUUUUCUUCAUGUGAAACCACAUGAGACGGGUCCAACAAUUGUGGUUAUUCCAAUAAUUAAUCAUCCGAAUGAAAUAACAAAUGGUAGUGAAACGUUGAGAGUCUCUCCGAGCUCAUAUUUCUCCAGUAAAUAUCAUGGCGAAGUUGUUCCGCGCUUGUUCUGGCUUCAACGUCUUCACAAAUUUUCUAAAACCCAGAGUUGAAGUGUUGACAGUGCCCAACAGGGGAGGGAAAAGAAUCAAUCCACCCCCUAAAAAACGGCACCCCUUGUGGUUUUUGAAGCAGGAACGUGCGCUAAAUAAAGACGACAUAACAACGGAAAAUGCAGCGUUCGUUCAGGAAGUAAUACAGUCGAAAUAUGGAACCCCAGACCCCCAAACUGGCUCCUACUCCCCCUUGAAGGUCCCCCCAAUCGAACCGACAGCCCAAUGGACCCCAGACUCCCGUCGUACAGGAGUGAUUGCCAGGAAGAUAGGCAUCUAUCCCAUGUGGAUGAAGAACGGUAAAAAAGUCCUGGCAACUCUGCUGCACGUGUGUGACAAUCACGUGAUAAAAUAUAUUCCCCCUGAGGACUGGACACCGUUGAUUCAGCCGUCGAGAAAGACCGUCAUCCCCAGGAGAAAGCAGGGCUGCCUGCUUGUUGGCGCUGACAGUGUUGAUCCUCAAAAAUUCACAAAACAGUAUUGUGGACUCUUCACCGAAGCUGGAGUCAUGCCGAAGAGGCUUCUCUGUCGUUUUAUGGUGACACCAAAUGCUGUAUUGCAGCCAGGAACACCCCUCAUGGCUUCACACUACAGAGCUGGUGAUAUUGUGGAUAUCAGGGCUAAAACAAUGGACAGAGGUUUCCAGGGGGUGAUGAAGCGCUGGGGCUUCCAUGGUAUGCCAGCGACCCACGGAGUCACGAAAACCCACAGAAGACCGGGAAAUAUCGGCUCUGGUGGUACAAAGGCUAGGGUGAUGCCGGGAACUAAACUCCCUGGACACAUGGGAAAUCGAUACAGAAUGUUCCGCGGUGUCAAGGUUCUCCGUGUAGAUCACAAGCACAACGUCCUCUGGGUCUUGGGGCAGAGUCUGCCCGGUGAGACGAAUAGUCUCCUCCAAAUUUACGACAGUCUCCUGUUCCAUAGAAGGAUAAAGGAUGUCGAGAAGGCUCCACCCUUCCCGACUUACGUCCCUGGGAAAGAGCCACUACCAGAGGUGCAAUGGGAGGAAUCGAUGCACCAGUUCGACGCCCCAACGAUAGAAUUCGAAGAUCCAGAUAAAAAAUAAUGUUCCAAACCCAAUGAAAUAAGUGUAAAAAUGAUAAAAUAAACAUCGUCAUUGUUUAAA